AUGGCUUCUCCUUCACCUUCUACCGUGAUGAGAAGCCCAACAGAAAACACAGAGAAAAGGAGGAAAGGGAAUAAAGCCUCUGCUUUCUUUAAGAGAGCAUGGAAGGCUGUGAAGCGCCCUUUCCUUUGCUGUGACCGGAACAGAGUGGUUCCCUUUGAACCACGGUCAGAUGUCGAUGAUUGCGAGCACCUGCCUGUUCCAGGUCCCUCCAGGACCGUCGCAGCACAUGCAGACCUUGAGCCGGUGUGGCAGCCAGGCCAGGUCUGUGAAGAUCUUCAGCCGUUGAGUGUUCCGGGCCCCUUCAGCAUCAAGCAAACAGCAGAUGUGCCGAAUGCAGAUCCGGCCCGUCCAGAGUCCUCGAUGGCCCUCACAGGUCAUGUUGAUACUGAGCUGGUGUUUCUGCCAGGCCAGGUCUGGGAAGAUCCUCAGCCAAUCAGUGUCCAUGACCUCUCCAAUAUUAAGAACAUGACGGAUGCUGAUUCGGCCUGUCCUGAGUCGCCUUCGUCUGUUCAAGACCCCUCUGAUAUUGAUGGGACUGAUGAAAAACCCAAGAAAGGAAGGAAAGGCAAAAGAGUCUCUGCUUUCUUCAAGAGAGUAUGGAAGGCUGCAACGCGCCCUUUCCUGUGCUGUGACACAGAUGUAGUCCAGCAUCUUACACCACAACCUGAGCCUGAGCCUGAGCCUGAACCUGAACCUGAGCCUGAGCCUGAACCUGAGCCCGAGCCCGAGCCCGAGCCCGAGCCCGAGUCCGAGUUCGAGUUCGAGUCUGAGUCUGAGUCUGAGUCUGAAGUCAGUUCUUGA